AUGGGUCGCAAAGAGUCUAGUCUCAUUACCAAGAGAAAGAAACAAUUUUCCAAUGCCGCUGCAGCCUCUAGAACACCACCUCGUGCCUCCAAACGGAAGACAACGUCAACACCUAUUGAGCCCCAACGUCAGGCCCAGAAGUGCCAGAAGUGUCCUGGGAGGCCUCUUCGAGCCCAAUGCGAGCAUACCAAGCGCGGAAAGGAGUAUCUGGCGCGUCAAGCUGCAUUAAAUGAACUUGAGGAUGAUUCGGACAAUGAGUCCAGCUCAGACAGUUCCAACAGCAAUGUCGGGCCUGGCCCCUCUACCUCACUGGCAUUCAACAAUGCAGGCCCUUCCACUCCUGACAUCUUUGCAUCCGCGAGCACACCCGCAUCACACAGUGUCGUUGCCACUCCCACCCCCGCAUCAGCACGUUCUGGCAACAUGGGUGUGCUCACCUCAUCGCAUCUUGCCCAACUAUCUGCUCGCACGGGAAGUACCACCAGUGCGAGCCUCUCAUCAGCGUCCGCCUCAUCUUCUCGUCAAGCGCGCCGCACCAGUGCCAGAGACCCAUACAACGGCUUUGUUGAAGGAGCUUACCGUGGAUCGGAAAUCUAUCAAAUUGUGCGCGGCCAUGCGCUACCUUCACCUAUUGCCGACAAUACUCGGGCUGUACGGAGGUUUAUGAGUACAAUCAACUCGAUUGUCGAGAAGUGCGAGGACUUGUCUAGACAAACUUCGUGUUGGCUUUUUAUCGGUGCCCAGCACUCGACAGCUCGAUCUCCCGCCAUCAGUUAUGCCUCACCACGCCUUCGUCGAGAUGCUGCAGAGCAGGAAAAUGCGGACCUCCAACGCCAACUUGAUCAAUCUCGUCUUGACGCACAGCAAAUGGCGCAAUCAUUGGAGAAAGCGGCUCAGACUCAGAAAGAGUUAGAUAAACAGUUGAAGCGUUAUCAGCGUAUCCACGGCCUUCUUUAA